AUGCCACCAAUCCGCACUGAAUCCUCGCAGAAACUAGCUAGCCAGGAGGGCAAGAUCCUAUUAGCCCUUGAUGAUCUUAAAAACGGCCGCAUCAAAUCUAUUCGUGCAGCAGCUACUCUAUACGCAAUACCACGUUCAACACUGCAAUAUCGCGCCGGCGGCCGAGUUGCACGCGUCGAUAAGCGCCCAAAUCGCCAUAAAUUAACUAAAUUAGAAGAGGAUUCGCUUGUUAAUUGGAUUAUCUCUAUGGAUACGCGUGGAGCAGCGCCUAGGCCAGCUACUAUAAGAGAGAUGGCGAAUAUCCUACUAGCUGCACGCGGUAGCCAACCUCCGCCUACUGUUGGCAAGAAUUGGCCAUCAAAAUUUGUUGAACGUCGCGAGGAGCUUCGAACACGAUUCUCAGUACGAUACGACUACCAACGUGCAUUAAAUGAAGACCCUAAAGCCCUACGAGCCUGGUUUGCGACCGUGCAAAGUGUGAUUGAUGAGCACGGGAUACAAGCGGAGGAUAUCUACAACUUUGAUGAGACAGGCUUUGCAAUGGGCCUUAUAUCCUCGCAGAAGGUGGUAACGCGAGCUGAAUACUAUGGUCGGAGACGUCUCUUACAGCCAGGAAAUCGUGAAUGGGUUACUGCUAUUGAAGCAAUCUGUGCAGAUGGCUACUCGCUACCGCCAUGUGUGAUCUUUAAGGGCAAAGUUGCUAUUGCUAGUUGGUUUAAUAACCUACCAAAAGAUUGGCGAUUUGAAGUCUCUGAUAACGGCUGGACUACCGAUGAGAUUGGCCUACGCUGGCUACAAAAGGUGUUUAUCCCAUCAACAAAUUUGCGUACACGUGGCCGCUUUCGGUUAUUAAUUCUCGACGGCCAUGGUAGCCAUCUUACGCCCCAAUUUGAUCAUAUUUGCGCAGAAAACGAUAUAAUACCUCUUUGUAUGCCUGCACACUCUUCACAUCUACUACAACCACUAGAUGUUGGCUGCUUUGCAGUAAUUAAGAGGGCAUAUAGCCGUUUUAUUAGUGAUCUUGCGCGUACGGGAUAUAACCAUAUCGACAAGUGUGAUUUUUUGGAAAACUACCAACAUGCGCGACUAGAGGCCUUCCAAAAGCCAUCUAUUAUUCAGAAUAGCUUUGCAGCUAGUGGCUUAGUACCAGUCAAUGCAGAAAGAGUGCUUUCAAAGCUUAAUAUCUCUCUACGAACACCUACACCACCAAGCAGCCGGCCAAGCAGCAGAUCUAGCCAAUUCACACCCAAAACACCUAGAACUGUUAUUCAGCUACAAAAGCAAGUUUCAAUGCUGAAGGAUCUACUACGCCGGCGGUCAAAUAGCCCUCCAAGCCCAUCAAAGGAUAUAUUAGAUCGCAUUAUCAAGGGCCACUGUGAAGCGCUGCAUAACACUGCAUUACUUGCGCAGGAGAACGUGGAUCUACGUACGGCGAACGAGAGGAUUGUUAAGAAACGCAAUCGGUCAAAUAAGAAGAUACCUUGUGAAGAGGGUUUGACCGUCGAAGAGGGCCUACAGCUAGUUGAACAGCUAAACCAGCCGAUCAUGACACCAGUGACUUUUUUCGUCAAUCUCGUCCUUUUUUUGGCUCUAGUGGCCGAAGGACAUACUCGAAGGCCACUUGACCGGAACGAGCUGGCCUCUCAUGCUCAAGUUCUCAAGAAUUGCGGACCCAAUGUUGGCCUUCAAAAAAGAGGUCAUCGGGCUAUGCGCCGUCGUGAACUCUCUGUUGAUGUGAACAGUCAUGAAACGACCUACGAAAUUCACGCCAAUGCGCCGGAGUACGACUUUAUCAAAAAUUGGACCAAUAUUCUCACUCCGGAGACCAGUGAUGGGCCAUACUUUUAUCCUCAGAGUCAGACCCUUCGUCAGGACAUCCGCGAGGGUCAGCCAGGUGUCCCCUUAUCUUUGGAGAUUGGAGUGGUCGACAUUAAUACUUGUGAACCUAUGGAAGAUGUGCUUGUGGAUAUUUGGCACUGUAAUGCUACUGGGUCAUAUAGCUCUUUCACAGGUCUUUCUCCAAAUACGCCUUUCCUGGAACUUUACGCCAAUGCAACAAACGGCGGCACUCUGAAUCUUACAGAGGGGCUUCCGGACCUUUCUUGGCUUGCUACUGAUAAUAGCACUUUCCUUCGUGGCAUGUGGCCGACUAACAAACAGGGUGUGACAUCUUUCACUACAAUUUUCCCGGGAUUCUAUGUCCAACGAGCGAUUCACAUCCAUGCCCAAGUUCACACGAAUUGGUCGGUGAUUUCUAACGGAACUAUUGCCCACGGGCCAAUUGUUAGUACCGGCCAAAUAUUCAUUGAUGAGGCUCUCGAAGAAGAAAUCAUGGCUGUUGAGCCGUACGCCAGCCAUACCCAGAUUGAGCGCGUCCCUAAUGAUGAUGAUGGAAUUUACACGACUGAGUCGAUGACGGGGGCAAUGACACUCUUAGAUACCGAACCUCUCGAUGGAGUCGAUUAUCGCAAUGGCGUCAUAGGUUACAUCACCCUGGGAGUUGACCCUUCGUCAAUCAAAAACGGUUCAACCAUCAAUGCGGCUCCUCCUGUUGUCAAUCUGACGAGUGUGAGCCAUUGA